CUGUCUGCUCACAUCUCUACCAGCUUUUGGAAAGGAAACAUCCUGCGGAUCAGAUUUGUUGGAAAUAAUCGCCACUAAUUUGUGGAUCGUAAUCGAUAUGAAUCUCACGACGACAGAGAUCUUUACAACAGACAUGCUGGAGGAUAUCCAGACGAAUUCCUCAUACUCCGAGAACAUCAGCGAUGUUCCUGACAUAUCACCAAUCCCUACAGAUGACGUGAUGUGCUCUAAAGUCGUAACCUUAACAACCAUACCAAUGCUUGGUCUGGCGAUCGUCAUCAACUGCAUAACUCUGGCUAUGGUGUCAUGUGACCCAAAGAAACGCAACACGAGGUCCAACAUCUACGCGGCAUCGUUCUUCAUCGCCGAGAUCUUCUACGCCCUCAACACGCUGGUCGCCCACUACCAUCGCCACUUCCUUAGUUCGCCGGAGCAGUUCGAAAACGUCAUCACCCACGGCUAUCUCUUCAUGGAGUUCGCGUCACGAGGUGCGAUGGCGAUAUCACUCGGAGGUGUCCUGAUCGAUCGGUAUCGGGCUAUCUUUAACGUCACGUCAUACUGCCCGAGACAGAGCCUUUGCGUUAGCUGUUGCUACGCCCUGGCUGGUUGGCUCCUCGCUCUCCUUCUCGCCGUCCCAUUCCUGGCUGGGUUGACCGACUACUGGUACACCACCUACCGAUCCCUCCGACCAUUCGAUGUAUACACGGGCGUUCACACCACACUCGUCUACUUCCUGCCCCUCCUUGUUUUCUCCCUCGCGUACAACAUCCUCAUGUGUCGUCUGAUCUCGUGCUCAAACAGGCGAUCGUUGGACAGUUUCGCAGCCAAGGGCAGUCAUCGACAAAGAGUCACUCGACGUCGUCUCGCCACCAUCAUGAUCGUCACCGUCAUCGCCUUCGUCGUCACGUGGCUCCUCUACCUCAGCGUCCGCGUCAUUGAAGGCUACUUCAAACCAGAAGACUUUCAACCAAUCAAUAUCGCCGCUCUGCGAUUGGCGGGAAACUAUGUCGCCUACCUUGGAUUGUCUGUUUGCUCUAUUCUCGUGUGCGUACUCUGCGGUGACUACAAGUCACUCGAUUCGCACAGGGGAUGUUCAUGUUGCUCGGAUAACCAAAACUUUGUGACCAAGAUCGAGCAGGCUUGGCCUUCAGCUAAACCCAAUCAAUACUACGUUUAAAGACUUUACCAUGACAGCGAAUCAAUUUGCUAAAAAUGAACUGUAAAUAUUUAUGAACUAUUAUGUUAACAGCAAGUGGAAUUGCUGAAAAUGAAUUGUAAAUAUCUAUAUAUUAUACUAAAUAUUAUAAGUUAUAAAUGCCACUACCUGCCUUUCGAGAAAUGAAAUCAGGCUUUCUCAAAAACAUUUGUAUUGAGGGAAAGAAAGUGAGUGUAUCAAAUAACGUAUAGGCAUUUUACAAUGAUUAUGCUUUAUUCCUUUGUUCAGAGUGAUGGAAUAAGGAUAUCAUGAAAUAUUGUUAAAUUAUUACAUUUUAUGAUGCAGUAAUAUGACAGUUAUGUUGUAAGAGAAAACCCCCGUGACACUGUGCCCGCAAAGGAUUUAAUCCAUUUUUCUUUUCUUGAUUUCUAUUAGAAAUGACUAAAUAUGACUCCUUAUUAUACAUUACUGCACUCAGGAAUACAAAAUAUAUCUGAUAUCAUAUUUGCUUCUGUGAGUAAAAUAUAAGAAACCACAAGUGUUUUCACUCUUCUUCAUUUCUCAAAAUGACGUAUAAACAAAUAUUUCCAUCAUAUUACAUGGAAUACCAAUCAAUGUUUGUCAUUGAUAGGCCUACUAUAUUGAAAUAUCAUCUCCGAAAGGGCAAUACAUGAUCCUUUUCGAUAGUACAAUUAGUCCCAGUCUUCAAAGUAAAUUAUUUAUAUAUCAUAUGAACGGAACUAUACGUAUUACACGGAUUAUUACUAUUAUUAUUUUCAAUAUUGAUCUUAAAUCACAAAUAUUUUACAAAGAGAAAAUUGUGUUUGUCAUCGUAUGAUGCAAUUCAAGAAUAUAAUUGAUGAUGUCACAUAAGCCCGAGUUCCCAUUAUUGAACCUACAACAUCCAUGAAUUUACUAAUUGCAAAGAGUUUUUGUAUAUAUCACGACUGCAUACUAUAUAAUCUAAAUAAUCAUGAUGCAUAAACAUACAUCUAUUUAUUAAGAAAAUACUGCAAAUAUAUAUAUAAGAAGGAAGGAAAUGAAAAAAGAGAAAAAAUAAUGUCGCGACCACAUUUUAAGAAUAUGCGCUAACUAUCUUUAUUACUUUGAAGUUAUAUCCAUGUAAUCUGAUUAAAUUUAUCAUUGUCGUUAUUAUUGUAUCUUGCCAUUUACUUUGCUACCCAAAUUUAUGUUGCCGGUCAACAAUGUGUCUUAUAAAUCAUAUUUGAUAAUGUACAUAAAUUAGUUGUAAAUAUUGUAUUGUAAAACACGGUUGCAUAAUCUUGUAAAGAUUAAACGAAACAUCGAAACACAAUUAUUCUGUGUAUUCGCUGUAUUUUGAAUACGA